GGGGGAGUUCCCUGAAAGAGCCGCGCAGUACCGGGUAAACGAGGCGCGCGAAGUUGUCGUGGCCCAGGGCGGUUGGGUGAGGGGGGGGGGGGGGGGGGACACGAUGCGUGCAGUCACGCGCCAGCAGUCACCGCCGGCGAGAGUCGACAGUUGACAGUCGCCCGUGAGGUCGUGCGAGUCCGCGGCUUCCGUAUCGAAUACUCCCGUGUGGCGUGUGUUGUCAAGUACACGCGAGCGUUCGUGCAGAUGAAAAACGGAAGUUCCGAAGAGUAAGUUGCCGUGUGUGACCGAGAACAAUCAGACAGGAGUAGGUAUGGUCGCAGGCACGGCUAGCUGUUCGCAAGGCAAGUAGUGCCGGGGUCCUCGGAGUCUGGAGCCAUGUUCCAGCUGGCGCGCUGCGCAGCCUUGCUGCUGCUGCUUUGGAGGCCGGCGCUGGGAGGGUUCUUCAGCAAGAGGAAGGUGCUGAUCGGCGAGCUGACCUUCGACAGCUGCAGCGCGGCGCCCGGGGACGACCCGGUGCAGUUCUGGGACGUGGCGGUGCGCACCACGGACGAGGGCGACCUGCUCGUGUCCGGGUCCAUGCGCAACUUCGUGGAGCUGCGCUCGCCCCUGAAGGCGUCGGUGUCGAUGAAGCGGAACAUCCUGGGCCUGUGGGUGCCCGUGCCGUGCAUCAAGGACUUUGGGUCGUGCGACUUCGAGGACCUGUGCAGCUACGCCGUGUCGCCCGCCGUGCAGUGCAUCCCGCUGCUGGACGAGCACGACGUGCCGUGCCACUGCCCCGUCGAGGAGGGCGUGUACACGCUGCCGUCGGGCCAGUUCCGGGUGUCUGGGACGCGCUGGGCGGGCGUGCUCGCCGGCCGCUACAAGGGCACCGUCACCUUCAGCCGGGGCGGCCAGCGGCUGGCCUGCUACAACGCCUCCUUCACGCUCGAGUGAGGGCGACCCCGGCGAGAUCUCCCCACCGCACGCACACCAACACCACCUGUGACUGCCGUCGGGCCAGUUCCGGGUGUCGGGGACGCGCUGGGCGGGCGUGCUCGCCGGCCGCUACAAGGGCACCGUCACCUUCAGCCGGGGCGGCCAGCGGCUGGCCUGCUACAACGCCUCCUUCACGCUCGAGUGAGGGCGACCCCGGCGAGAUCUCCCCACCGCACGCACACCAACACCACCUGUGACUGCCGUCGGGCCAGUUCCGGGUGUCGGGGACGCGCUGGGCGGGCGUGCUCGCCGGCCGCUACAAGGGCACCGUCACCUUCAGCCGGGGCGGCCAGCGGCUGGCCUGCUACAAUGCCUCCUUCACGCUCGAGUGAGGGCGACCCCGGCGAGAUCUCCCCACCGCACGCACACCAACACCACCUGUGACUGCCGUCGGGCCAGUUCCGGGUGUCGGGGACGCGCUGGGCGGGCGUGCUCGCCGGCCGCUACAAGGGCACCGUCACCUUCAGCCGGGGCGGCCAGCGGCUGGCCUGCUACAAUGCCUCCUUCACGCUCGAGUGAGGGCGACCCCGGCGAGAUCUCCCCACCGCACGCACACCAACACCACCUGUGACUGCCGUCGGGCCAGUUCCGGGUGUCGGGGACGCGCUGGGCGGGCGUGCUCGCCGGCCGCUACAAGGGCACCGUCACCUUCAGCCGGGGCGGCCAGCGGCUGGCCUGCUACAACGCCUCCUUCACGCUCGAGUGAGGGCGACCCCGGCGAGAUCUCCCCACCGCACGCACACCAACACCACCUGUGACUGUCAUCGCAGCACUUCCCGACCACAGCAUUGGAGGCUGGUGGGAAAGGAACAUGGAAUAUAACUGGUCAAGGUGGAAAGAAAUUCAAGACUGCAGCUUCUCUACCAAAUAUGUUUGAUCACAAAAUCUGUGAGGAAAGUCAGGUGUUUGUUGGCAUUCCAAAUAACUACUACUACAACAGACUGAUAACUGUAAACAAAAUUAGUUAUUAUGAAUUCUAGUUAGUUUUCAGUAUGUUGAGUAAUAAAUCUUUUUAAUUUUUGUUGUUAGCAUACCUUCACAGUCAUCUAACAAACUGUGCUGUAUUAUAAUACUAACAAGAAGUAUUAUUUUAUUUGAUGUGAUCAUGGUGGUUAUUGUAAUGCAAACCGUAACAAACAGUGAAAUGUACCUGUAAUAUAUGAGUUUAUCCAUUGAAUUAAAUUAUAUUUGUACUAUAAAAUGAACUUCAUAUACAAAUAUAUACAUAUGGUACCAGUACUGUACAUAAGUAAUACAUUCCUCUUUCUCUGUAAGAGAUUAAAGAAGAGAUUUAGGAAGCUAAACAAAGGUGUUCAAACUCACGGCAGCAGUAAUGCAGAUGUACAAUGGUUAAGAACACAGACUUAGUGCAAUAAACAUGACAAGCCACACUUUUGACUGACCUGGAGUUAAAAAAAAUAACUGAUGAAAAAAAGAUUUUGUAUACAACUGGUUAGAAUACUGUUUUUAUUUCAAAACUAUUUAUAAUGGGUAGCGACAAGAUUAUAUGGUGAAUUGUGAUAAAACUGAAAUAACACCGCGUAAAAUAUGUCACUAUAACAUAUAACACCGAAAUGCCAUUAAUACUCCGUUUAGCAAUGAAAUGAAUAUUAAAUGACAAAACUAAACUCAAAUUACAAAAAUGUUUUAUUUUAAUAUGGUAACUAAAUUCAUUGACUGAAAUUAAUUUAUCAUGGGUUUUGUACCAAUAUGUAGGAACUAAAUGGUUUAAAAAAAAAUUUUUUUUUUUGUUUGAUUGAGCAUCUUUUAUUUAGUACAUAGCACGUUUUAACACUGAUGCCAUUGACAAAUUUUUCCAAGACACAAAAACUUGCUAAUUAAGUUUUAUUUUUCCGAGUAGUUCUGUUUUAAACAAGCUUAUUACUAAUGAUUUUAUAAGUUGGAAAAAAAAAUAGUAUUUUGGUGAAAUAAGUAUUAAGAAAUAUUUUAGUUUCAUAUAUAAUAAAAAAAAUUACCAAAUCUUCUGCUGUAAAAAUAUAAUUGGCAAAAAAUAAAAAAAUCUAGUCUCUACUAACGGAAUAAUUUUA